AUGGAGAGUGAUGGUGUUUGCUACUUCAUUCGCAGAAUCGCCAAGUAUUUAAACAUUGCCCAAUUGAAGCGAGAUUCUAAGGUUAUGACUACUGUUGUGGAGAAGCUCGCCAACUCCAUAUCGGAGUCUUCUCUAAAUGAUCUGUUUGACCGUGUGUACGAUUCGGCGUUUGUAGAUGCGAAGAUGCGCAUGGACUCGAUUCAGCGCCAAAUCGCAUCGGACGAAGCUUCUCUCCUGGCUGAAUACGAUCUAAUAAAGUCGAACUUUCGAGAAAUGCAGUCCCAGUUUUCCAAAUACGAGCAACAAAUCAAUUCUUUUCGUUCUCAACUUGAAAAAGCUGAAACUCUGUUCCAUAGCAUCGAAUCCAGUAUUGCUUCCAUUCGGUCACGCGUACUGAUUGAUGGAACAGAUCGAAUCGAUUAUGCAUAUGAAAAAAAUGGAGGUCAAGUUUUAACUGGACCCAAGUGGACUACAAAGCCGCCUAGCUUUUCUUUCAUUUCGUUAUCGUCAUCAUCGUCCUCUUCUCUUUCGAAAUCACAAGCAAAAGUUGAUCCGAACCUUGCCAUUAAUCCUCCUUCAGAAAAGGGAUAUUGCUAUCCUAUGGAUUCCGUAGAUCCUGUUUUUUCAGUCCGAAUUCCACAACCACGAAAUCCAUACGUUUUUAGUGUUGACCAUGUGAGCAAGUUUGUUACGGAAGACAGACGAUCUGCGCUGAAACGAUAUGAGGUUUUGGGAUAUGUGAACGAAUUCUCUGAUCCCGUUUUGCUCGCCACAAACUGUAGAUAUGAUCUGGAUGGAGAAAUAACGCAGCUUUGUUAUAGUGACUACUCUGUAGAGAUUCAAUUAUCAAGUGGAAUGAUGUACUAG